CAGACUGGUCUUCUUGUUUCAAUUAUAAACACGUGUUAUUAAAUUAAUAUACAACUAGGUUAUAUAGUUGUUGUAAUGUCUAAUGUGUUUUAAAAUAAAUGAACAACAAUAAUAGCUUGUUUAAAUAAUUAAAAAUACACACAAGUCAUUAUUUAAAAUUUAAUAAAAAUGACAAGUUGUAAAGUUCACAAUGUUAGAUUUUAUAAUUUAGCACCAAGAGCUAUAACAAAUUUAUGUUAUGAGAAAAAUAGCAAAAAAUUGGCACUUUCAAGAGAUGAUUGUUCAAUUGAAAUAUGGAAUGUAACAAAUGUUCCAUUUUUGGAGUCAACAAUACCAGGUAAUGAUGACGAUGAGUCAAUUGAAUCAUUGGUAUGGAUUGAUUCAAAACGUUUAUUAUCAUGUGGUACUGAUGGUAUGAUAAUAGAAUAUGACUUGAAAAAAUUAAAAUUAAAAUAUAAAGUAGCUGUUACUGGAGGACAAGCAUGGUGUAUGGAUAUUAAUCCUGAUAAAACACGUAUUGCAGUUGGUACAGAAGGUGGUUAUAUUAAUACAUUUACUGUUAAUGAUGAUUCAUUAAUAUAUGAAAAAAUAUUUGACAAACAAAAGGGUAGAAUAUUGUGUUUAAAAUGGGAUAAAACUGGUGAAAUGAUAUUUACUGGAUCAACAGAUACUGUUAGAGUAUGGAAUGCAAUAUCUGGUCAUGCAAUACAUAAAAUGUUAACAAGCAGAGAACAAACAAAAAAAGAAACAAUUGUAUGGUGUUUAGGUGUAACUGCUGAUAAUCAUAUUGCAUCUGGUGAUUCACGUGGUGUAUUAUCACUAUGGAAUCCAAUAACUGGAUUUCUUAUUGAAUCACAUGAAAGUCAUAUUGCUGAUAUACUUGCAUUAGCUGUAUCUGAUGAUUCAAAUGUUAUAUACAGUGCUGGUGUUGAUCCAGUUGUUAGAAGUUUUUCAAGAGUUGUACUUAAAUCAAGUGACAGACCACAAUGGGUUAAGGGUAUUGAAAGAAGACUUCAUGUACAUGAUGUUAGAGCUCUUCUUGAGUAUGAUGGUAAACUUUAUUCAGCUGGUGUUGAUGGUUAUCUUGCACAAUCAAGUUAUCCACCAAAAAUGCUUAUUAAAUAUCCACCAUUAUUAUCAACACCAUGUGUUACUGUUUGUCGUAAAUCACGUUGUGUUAUGUUACGUUAUAUAGAUAGUCUUGAAUUAUGGCGUCUUGGUUCACCAAAUACAUCAAUAUCAUUAAAACCAGGAAGUCUUUAUCAAUUAGAUGAAGAACCAAUGAAAUUAUUAAAAAUUGAAACUAAAAGAGGUGAAAGUAUAUUAUCAUAUGCAAUAACAAAAGAUUCAAAAAUUAUUGUUUAUUCAACUGAUACACAUGUUAGAGUAUUUAAUUUUGAUGUUAUUGAUGGUGUUGGAUCAUUAUCAAAAAAUGAUAAUGAUAUUACACUUGAUAGAAUUCAAAAUAUGAUAUUUAGUCCAAAUAAUAAAUUAUUUAUUGCUAUUAAUAAUAAUGGUAAUGAUAAUGAAAUUAAUAUUUUUAAAGUUGAAAAAAAAAUAUUUAAAGCUGAAGGUAAAUUUAUUACUAGUGAGCAUAAAAUUGAUAAUAUUGCACUAAUGUGUUUUUCACCUGAUAAUAAAUAUUUUAUUUGUGCUGAUAGAAUUGGUAAUAUUGUUGUUUAUAUUAUUAAUGACAAUUUUAUUAAUGGUAAACCAGAAUUUUGGCAAUUACCAAAAUAUUCAUGUUCACCAACUGCAAUUGCUGUACAAAAUUUAACAUUAAAUAUGGUUGUUGUUUAUUCUGAUCACAAGGUCAUUGAGUAUAAUUUAUUGAAACGUCAAUAUACUGAUUUUUCAAAUCAAUUGCAACAUAGAAUACCAACACAAUGGUUAUCACGUCCAUUUCCAAUAACAAAUGUAACAUUUGAUCCAAAUAAUGAUAAUAUUAUUAUUGUUCAUGAUGAUACAACAGUAUAUGUUAUAAAUAAAAAUAAUGAUUUUUCUGAACGUUUGACUAAAAUAUCUAAAUUUGGUGCUGCUGAUGAUGAUAGUAAUUCUGCAUCAAGUUUUAAUGGACAACACAAUUUUCAAAUUGUCAAAAAAUACAAGCAUCUUGUUCAUUUGGAAUCAUUAAAUUCUGGUGAAAUGGUAGCUGUUGAGGUAAAUCCAAUAACUCUAACUGAAAAAUUACCACCAUCAUUAAAAUACAAAUCAUUUGGAACAUCAUAAUAAUUAUAAUGUUUUUUUUUAUAUUAAUAAUUAAUUAAUUAAUUAAUUAAUUGUUAAUUUGUUUUUUGAAGUAAGAAACUCUUUUUACUUUUUUAUAUGAAUACUUAGAUUAUUAUUAUAUAAUUAAUUACAUGUAC